ACCGUUUACCCCGGUUUAAACCUGUCUGCUUGCCUCCUUCCUUGCAUCUUCGCCUUUCCUCUCAACUGAGGAUUCUGGAGAUAGUUCCGCCGCGGGAGGAAGGACUGCGUCGGCUACCGGCAUUUGUCGGAGCAAGUUCAUAGAGUUGCAGAGAGAACAAUAGAGAGAGAUGGUAACGUCUUCGGUGGUGAACACUUACCCGCUUUCGAGCUACACCUUCGGCACCAAAGAGCCGAAGAUGGAGAAGGAUACCUCCGUUGCUGAUCGCCUUGCUCGAAUGAAAGUCAACUACAUGAAAGAAGGAAUGAGGACAAGCGUUGAAGCAAUUUUACUGGUUCAGGAACAUAAUCAUCCUCACAUUCUUCUCCUCCAAAUAGGUAAUACGUUCUGCAAACUCCCUGGUGGGCGUUUGAAGCCAGGGGAGAAUGAAAUUGAGGGCCUAAAAAGGAAGCUGACCAGCAAGCUUGGAGCUAAUUCACCUGCUCUUGUGCCAGAUUGGCAGAUUGGUGAAUGUGUUGCCAUUUGGUGGAGGCCCAACUUUGAAACCAUCAUGUAUCCAUAUUGUCCUCCCCAUAUAACAAAGCCAAAGGAAUGUAAGAAGCUUUUCUUAGUUCACUUGUCUGAGAGAGAGUACUUUGCAGUACCUAAAAAUUUGAAACUUCUUGCUGUUCCAUUGUUUGAACUCUAUGAUAAUGUUCAGAGAUAUGGACCGGUCAUUUCAACCAUUCCUCAGCAGCUUUCUAGAUUCCAAUUUAACAUGAUUACUACAUGAUUCAGCAUUGAUGUCAAGAUGUUACAUCUUGAAGGUUUUCCUUGGAUGUCAGUUGAUAUAUCUAUUGAGAUAGUGGUGCAAAAGUUAAAGACUUCAAGAGAUGAUAUGCUGAUAUUAUUUGAUGAGUAACUUUAUAGUUGCGUUGGUUUCGUUUGCUAUUACGAUGACUGGCCUUUAACAUUAUAUCCAGUGGACUGCAUAUUGUCACAUACAAUUUUACCGGUGUUUGCUUUGUAUUAGUUUAGGCCCUUGGCUAAUAUACUAACUUUUUUGUAUUUGUACUCUAGUUAGUCUUGAAGCAUGGAUGGGUUGCCUCAGCGUACUGUUGUGAGAAUGGUUAAGCAUGUUGUUGUCGUUGGGGUUUAAUGGUUCAUGAUAUACUGAAUAUGUGAUGUAUUUAUUGGAAGGGCUGCCGAUGUUGCCAAUGUAAUUGUACUCUAGUUAGUCUAGCAACUCAGAUUGGGGCCACGUUUUACUUUUGUAAGAAUGAUCAAGAGUCUCUAGAGGGGGUUUAAUGGGUCAUGAUAUCCUGAAUACGACAUGUUUUGUGCUAGAUUUUAUUGGAGUAGCUGAUGAGUUGCCAAUGUAAUUAAUUGUAUACUAGUUA